AUGGAGCACGUGACGGAGGGUUCCUGGGAGUCGCUACCGGUGCCGCUGCAUCCGCAGGUGCUGAGUGUCUUGCGGGAGCUCGGUUUUCCGUACAUGACGCCGGUGCAGUCCGCAACCAUCCCUCUGUUCAUGAAAAACAAAGACGUUGCUGCAGAAGCGGUCACAGGUAGUGGCAAAACCCUCGCUUUUGUCAUCCCCAUCGUGGAAAUUCUCCUGAGGAGGGAAGAGAAGUUAAAGAAGAGUCAGGUGGGCGCCAUAAUCAUCACACCCACGCGAGAGCUGGCUGUUCAGAUAGAGGAGGUCCUGUCUCAUUUCACGAAGCCCUUCCCACAGUUUAGCCAGAUUCUCUGGAUUGGAGGCAGGAAUCCUGGAGAAGAUGUCGCCAGAUUUAAGGAGCUUGGUGGGAACAUCAUCGUGGCAACCCCAGGCCGCCUGGAGGACAUGUUCCGAAGGAAGGCUGAGGGCCUCGAUCUGGCGAGCUGCGUGAGGUCCCUGGAGGUCCUGGUAUUGGAUGAAGCAGACAGGCUUCUGGACAUGGGUUUCGAGACAAGCAUAAACACCAUCCUGGAGUUUUUGCCCAAGCAGAGGAGAACGGGCCUUUUCUCGGCCACUCAGACCCAGGAGGUGGAGAACCUGGUGAGAGCUGGCCUGCGGAACCCCGUGCGCAUCUCGGUGAAGGAGAAGGGCGUGGCGGCCAGCAGCACCCAGAAGACCCCUUCCCGCCUGGAGAACCACUACAUGGUCUGUAAGGCAGAUGAGAAAUUUAAUCAGCUGGUACAUUUUCUUCGAAACCAUAAGCAGGAGAAACAUCUGGUCUUCUUCAGCACCUGCGCCUGUGUGGAAUACUACGGAAAGGCUCUGGAGGCCCUGGUGAAGGGUGUGAAGAUAAUGUGCAUUCACGGAAAGAUGAAAUACAAGCGCAAUAAGAUCUUCACGGAGUUUCGCAAAUUGCAGAGUGGGAUUUUAGUGUGCACUGACGUGAUGGCCCGAGGAAUAGAUAUUCCUGAAGUACACUGGGUCUUGCAGUAUGAUCCUCCCAGUAAUGCCAGUGCCUUCGUGCAUCGCUGUGGCCGCACGGCCCGCAUCGGUCAUGGCGGCAGCGCGCUCGUGUUUCUCCUUCCCAUGGAAGAGUCGUAUAUCAACUUCCUUGCAAUUAACCAAAAAUGCCCCCUGCAGGAGAUGAAACUCCAGAAGAACACAGCCGACCUCCUUCCAAAGCUCAAGGCCAUGGCCCUGGCCGACAGAGCCGUGUUUGAGAAGGGCAUGAAAGCUUUUGUGUCAUACGUCCAGGCUUAUGCCAAGCAUGAGUGCAACCUCAUCUUCAGAUUAAAGGAUCUUGAUUUUGCUAGUCUUGCUCGAGGUUUUGCCCUGCUGAGGAUGCCCAAAAUGCCAGAGUUGAGAGGAAAGCAGUUUCCAGAUUUCGUGCCUGUGGAUGUCAACCCAGAUACCAUUCCAUUUAAAGACAAAAUCAGAGAAAAGCAGAGGCAGAAGCAAUUAUUGGAGCAGCAGAGAAAAGAGAAAACAGAAAAUGACGGGAGAAGAAAAUUCAUAAAAAAUAAAGCUUGGUCAAAGCAGAAGGCCAAAAAGGAAAAGAAGAAAAAACUGAAUGAAAAAAGGAAAAGGGAGGAGGGUUCUGAUAUGGAGGAUGAAGACAUGGAGGAACUUCUGAAUGACACGAGGCUCUUGAAAAAGUUAAAGAAAGGCAAAAUUACUGAAGAGGAAUUUGAGAAGGGGCUGUUGACAAGUGGCAAAAGGUCAACGAACAAAGCAGAUUUGCAGAUCUCAGAUGUGGAAGAUGACUGCUGAUUCCCACCCCUCAGGUCAAACGCACAGGAGUGGGGAAUGCGGGGAGCCGGCCCCUACUCGGCAGACAGCUCGAGCUUCCUUCUGUGGAACAUCAGAACUUUCAGCAGCUGUCGGGGAGCUGCUGUUGCAUAAACGGCAGGUGUGAGGGGUUUCGUGUUCAUGAGCAUUUCACUAAAAACAUACCAGCCUUGAAGUCUAAGAGAAAGAAAACGUAAAUUUACAUAACUGUAAAUAAUAGAUGUCAAUAUUUAUUUUGAUGGGUUACUUAAAGAGCUCAUUUUUUGGUGGCUAUUUUAUACUUAUUAAAACUUACUUAAUAUAAAGCUACUGAAGUAGAUUUGAUUUAAGAGCUUUUAAAAGUUCCUCAGUGUUUCCCAGCUCCUGAUCUCCCUUCCCUGGGUGUCUUUACCUCUGGACCCUCAGUUCUCUGUUUGAUAUACUGCACCGAACACCCACAAAGCCCGUAGUACCAUUUUAUUGGUGAGUAUGUGAAAAAGCAGCAGCAAGUCAUUCUGGGAAAGAAAAUGAUUAUACCUCCUGUUGAAUAAACUGUAGUUCU